AGAGUGAUAAUGUCCCUUUAAUGGUUACUCCAUGUCACAAAUAUUCUUAAAUGUUGAUUUUACUUCAUUUGUCUCCGAGAUAAUAUCUCGUUAUAACGACCGUAUUGCGACGCUGGGGAAAAUGCAUUAAACGUAAUAAAGGAAUAUUUCCGUUCCCAGGUAAACAUUCUGAGGAAUUUUUAUCAGGCACCACACAUCUAACUUGGGACAUUAUUGAAAUUGAUAUCAGACCUGAAAGUGUAUUUAAUGAUUUCACUUAUCGUUUAUGGCUUAUACUUUGUCACUUCGAAUGUAUCUACACACACAUCAAGAAAAUAUUAAUUUUUUCUGUUUUAGGUGGUGUUUCCAAAUAGUAGCGGAGGGAUAAACAUUAGCAGAAAUAAAACUAGCUCUAUUGUUUCACUGAAAAACAUUCUACCUCCUUCCUUGUAUCAGGAAGUGGAAAAACCGUUGGUCCUUCAAAAACCCAUCAUUUGAACGUUCGUAAAAUGUUUCCUGCUGAUUAAAUAAUUUCAUUUUUCAUUGCUAAUCGUCCCGUUGAAAAAAAAUGAUGAGCUGUCUCCUAUUUUAACAGUGUAAUUGAUACCAAUUCUGCUUCCACCGAAAUCCACCUGUUAUUGUAUUGUCUUCGAGAUGUCAUAAUCUUAACAAGUCCCACUAUAUUUCUACCUGACCAUCAUCAAUUAGUUUGGAAACGGCGGUUCAACAGAACGGUUUAGAAGGCUCUCACUUUUUUGCUCAAUGGAAUUGGACUAAAAAAAGGUAAGUGGAAAACGAUCGAUCAAAAAUGGAAGACGACGAUGGCAGCGAAACCAUAAAGAUACCAGAUUUAAGGAAAUUCGUAACAGAAUGUUUCUGCGCGAUUGGGGUGAACAAGACAUACUCUGAAAUAAUGUCGGAUUCUCUUGUAAAUGCAGAUUUAACAGGUCACCAUUCUCACGGUGUGUUUCGCUUGGAUAAAUUCAUUUCGGACGCACACAAUGGCAGUGUAGAAGUCGCCGGCGAACCAGUGAUCACCAAAGAGACUCCAGCGUCUGCUUGGGUGGACGGAAAAAAUAGCUUGGGAGCUGUGGUUGGAACCUUCUGCAUGAAAGUUGCGAUCGAAAAGGCCAAGCAGGUAGGAGCGGCUAUAGUGACUGCAAACAACUCGAACAAUUUCGGUGUAGCAUCUUUCUACAGUAAAAUGGCGUUGAAGGAGGGUUUGUUGGGGUUUGCAACCACCAAUAGCUCCCCAUUGAUGCUACCGACCAGAAGCAAAGAUCCAAUUUCUGGGACCAAUCCGAUUUCUCUUGCUGCUCCAGGAUUAUUCGGAGACUACUUUUUGCUGGACAUGGCGACCUCUGUAACCUCCGGAGGAAACAUCGAAAUAAAAUGUAAAGACGGAGAAUUUUUACCAGUAGGAUGGGCAGUGAACGCUGCUUGUCUACCAGAAACGAACGCAGAUGUAGCAUUGAAAAGUGGCAGAUUCCUUCCCCUUGGGAGUCAAGAAGAUUUGGGCAGUUAUAAAGGUUCAGGGUUGUCGAUCAUGGUUGACAUUUUGUGCGGGAUUCUCAGUGGCGCUCAUUACAGUCAUAGGGUAGGUGUGUGGGUCGGAAGAGUCUCCCAGCAGAGAGCAAACGUCGGACACUGUUUCAUAGUUAUAGACCCCAAGCGCUUCGCUCCGAACUUCGAGGUUAGACUGACAGAGUUCAUGUCGUACAUGAGAGAUUUGUCCACUGAUAACCAGAACGAACCUGUUCGGAUCCCGGGCGAUAGAGGUAGAGAAAUAGAGAAGAAGAUUCAGGAGACUGGAGGAAUAACCUACGCAAAAUACGUCAUAGACAUGGUGAAAACGAUGGCAGCGAAUCUGAAAUUAAAAUGCGUGCCCUUCGUACCCAAGAAACGAAAGGUACAGAUGACGGCUUCUGAAGAACUAGCUGCCCGUUUAGAAGCCGAGAAGAUGUCAGUCAGGGAGGUUUCUGCGACGACCACAGAAGAGGAUCUAACUGUCCCUGAAAACUCUCUGGUCGACAGAGAAAACGUAUCGUUUAUACUCGAUGAUUCCUCCGACUGGAUGUGUCCUAUUGCUGGUUUCACUUACGAGAGAGACAGGGCAACGUCAGUUUUGAAAGAGAAGAUAAGUCGAUAUUCUGAUGUACCAAUCCAUGAAUCCACAGAGGACACCGUUACUAAAGAUAUAUCUGAGGAAGAAGAAGAAAUAGUUAUUGGGGAAAAAAUCGAUGAAGGUGAAUCGGUAGAAAUCAGCAGAGAUCAAGUUACCAUCGAUACUAAGGAAGAAGAAAAUAAAACGGAAGAAAUAGAGAUAAGAAUGGAAAUUGAUGGAGAGAUCCAUAUAACAGGAAAUAGACAUGAUUGAAAUCUAGGAGCAGAAAUUUUUUCGAUAAGUUGAAAACAUGCUAAUUGUAGAGUAAUGAUUAUGUCAUUCGUAGUAAA